UCUCAAAUCUGUUAAUAUUUAUAGGUUAUUCAGAGGCAAUGUUUUGAAAUUGAAAGAAAUAAUCUCAGUUCGAUAAAUCAGAUUUGCAUGUUGUAUAUUACUGCCACUGUUACCUAAUUGAUAAAGAUAUUUAAUAGUUAAGGGUAAGAUGGUUUGUGAGAAAUGUGAAAAGAAGUUGAGCAAAGUGAUUACACCUGAUCCUUGGAAGAGUGGAGCCAGGAACACCACAGAGGGUGGUGGACGUAGAAUUAAUGAGAACAAAGCACUGACAGGCUCAAAAAAUAGGUUUAAUCCGUACACAACAAAGUUCGAGACAUGCAAGAUUUGUCGACAAAAGGUGCAUCAACCUGGAGCUCACUAUUGUCAAGCGUGCGCGUACAAGAAGGGAAUUUGCGCGAUGUGCGGAAAGAAGAUGAUGAGUACAAAGAAUUAUAAGCAAUCGUCUGCUUAACGCACGAUUAUAUUAUAUAAGAAACAAUGCGAAUGUUAUUUAUUGAUUUUAGUAAGAAUAUUGAAAACGCAUAUUAAAUGAUUAUUAUAUAUUGUACAAAGUAUUUACGUUUACUUCUAUCACGUUUUAUCAUCGA